AUGGGUAUUUAGAUACGUUGGACCGGACCGCCGUCGCGAAGCCUGCAGCAGCCAGCCAGCCAGCCAGCAGCCGUUCGUUCUCGUUUUGUAGUCGCGCAGCCAUCGUCGUCGGGGUGCUGUUCCAGUCGCAGUCAGUGAAGGAAAAAAAAAAACUACUCUUGUGUGUCAGAUUGUUCAACCUCUUUUGCUCCAAAACAUGGCGACAAAAUUGUACUGCUGCUGGCAGAAGUGUUUGUGCUAGGGAGAAUCCGAGGGGAGAACGAGUGAAAAAUCGGCCCUCUGUGCCGAUCUGUGUCCUUUUCUUCUUUCCUGGUUCACCGUCGUUUCGGGGCGUUGUUUUUUCCGCUUCCGCCGGAGGACGACGGAUUGAGUGUGCUAGUACAGUAGUUGGUCGUCGGUUCGUCGUUUUUGUGUCGGUCGUUACCGAUUCUAUAACAUUCCCCAGAAAACCAUUCCCCAGAAUACCAAUCCCCAGAAUUCCAUUCCCCAGAAAACCAUUUCCCAGAAUGUACCAUUCCCCAGAAUGUACCAUUUCCCAGAAAUCCAUUCCCCAGAAAUCCAUUACCCAGAAUGCACCAUUCCCCAGAAAUCCAUUCCCCAGAAUGUACCAUUCCCCAGAAAAGCUUAAUAUACUCGUCUAAAAAGUUUAAUUCGAUACACAAACAGUACAAUGUUGAUCAUAAUGAUAUGUUAUAGGCAAGGAUUUUAACAUUAUAGUGUUGUUUCUUAUACGAUAUUUCCAUAAAAAUAUUCUACAAUGGUUCAAACGUUUAAUUACCAUUGUACACAGUUGCAUGUUGAUCUUUAAACCUAUCUUGAAAGUUCACUAACUGUCCAUUCCAGUUGCGUUGCUAUAAAAUGUUUUGUUUUUGACAGAUUUGUGAAAAUUGUGCAGCACUUGUUUCACGAUGAAUAAAGUUUUAAAAGUGAUGUGCAAAAUUUAUAGAGAAAAUGCAUUUUCUUUUGAUGUUGUUCAGUGUACAAGAUGCUAAUGGACCAGUUUAUGGUCGGUUUAUAUUAAAAAGAUUUUUCUGUCGAAAACUUUGAGUUACUCGGAAAGACUCAACUGACCACGUUUUUCUACGCAAAUGGUUGGAGGAAUCCAUCCCAAUGGAUGUUCCUAAUUAUUCGCUUCAAAGGCCCUUCAUUCAUGCGGUAUGAGAAGGGCUUUCAUCAUUAUUCCAAUACUAUGGAAUAGAAAAAGUGAUCAUAGGUAUAAGCAGUUUUAAUGCCAGCAAUUCUAAAUAUUUUUAAUGAAGAAGGAAAAAGGUAUCAUUGUUUUCCUUUUGGCUUUCAAAAACCCAACAAUGUUCCUUCUUUUAAAACAAUUUUUGUCUUAGAAUUAAGGCAAUUAGUAUUUUUUUUGGAAUUAUAACUGCUUACAUUUUCAACAUAGAUUCUCCCUUCUUUUCUACAUAGGCUGUUCUUUCAAAUUGCACUUUUCAGGAAAUUAUGGGCAUUAUUGCAACCACCGGUGUUAAAUUGAUGUUAUAUUUAUUAUAUAUUUUUUUUCAAAUUUCUAAACACCUGUGCUUGUGGUGCCGAUAAUUACCUAAACAUUGCAACUCGAAAGAACAGCCCAUGUAGAAAAGAAGGGAAAAUCUAUGUUGAAAAAGUAAGCAGUUGUGAUGCCGAUAAUUUCCUGAAAAGCGCAAUUCGAAAGAACAGCCUAUGCAGCAAAGAAGGAAACAUCUAUGUUGAAAAUGAAAGCAGUUAUAAUUCCUAUAAUUGUACCAAUUGCCUAAAUUCUAAACAAAAAGCUGGGUUUAAAAAAAGGAACAGUGUUGGGUUUUUGAAUGCCGAAAGGAAAACAAUGUCACCACAGACAAACAGACGUAACACUACGAACAUUUUUCGAUUCAAAUUUUAGUCUCGGAAACAGAUUCGCUUAAUUCUAAAAGGACUGAAUUUGGCCAACCAUCAACUAGGUGGCAGUAGUGUCAAACUCGAACAAAAACGAUGCGAGCGCCGCGGAUUGGCAGUUGGUCAACCCUCAAAUAAACCGUUAAAUCGAAGUACGAUGGCAAUUAUCAGAGUAUUACGUUUCCUUCUUCGUUAAAAAAAUGUUUGAGUCGUUAUAAGAAUUGUUGGCAUUACAACUGCUUAUAUGUUCAUCAACAAUUUUCCCUUCUUUUGCAUAGGCUGUUCUUUCGAGUUGCACUUUUCAGGAAAUUAUCGGCAUCGCAGGGCCCAUAUAGCCGAGGCGGUAAACGCACGGGUAUUCAGCAUGACCAUGCUGAGGGUGACGGGUUCGAUUCCCGGUCGGUCCAGGAUCUUUUCGUAAAGGAAAUUUCCUUGACUUCCUUGGGCAUAGAGUAUCUUCGUGCCUGCCACACGACAUACACAUGCAAAAUGGUCAUUGGCAGAGGAAGCUCUCAGUUAAAAACUGUGGAAGUGCUCAUAGAACAAUAAUCUGAGAAGCAGGCUUUGUCCCAGUGAGGACGUUACGCCAAGAAGAGGAGAGAGGAGGCAUCGCAACUGCGUAUAUACUUUUUUAACAUAGAUUCUCCCUUCUUUUUUGCAUAGGCUGUUCUUUCGAAUUGCACUUUUCGGGAAAUUAUUGGCAUUACAGCCUCCACCGGUGUUAAUUGCUAAAAUAUUUAUUUAAUAUUUUUUUCAAAUUUCUAAAUACCUGUGCUUGUGGCAGUCCUGCAAAAUAUCAGUCUCAGUGCCUGUUUUUCAGCCGAAAAUGAAUGACUGCGGCGGUCGUUUUCAGUUCCUCGAUGUGAGAACUGACAGAGUCCGAGAGCUCCAUUCGUGAGCGACCCAACAAGAUCAAUUCCCAAUCAUCCACACACUACUCAUGCUGAAAAGCCAUUCGUCUCAAGCGGUGGCUUGUGAGAGUGAGUGCCCUAUACGUUAGCACGGGUGAAAACACUCAACUACAGAAAAUUGAAUGGAAAUUUAGCCCUGUCAGCUCUCGCUUUCAGCACGCUGCGUACGAGUGUGAGUACCUAUUUCAUUUCGCUCCCGUGUUGCUGAUCGGAAAGCAACUUUGACAGGAAAACCAAAACGGAGAAAAUGAAAAAAGCAAAAUAUCGCUAUCAUAAAGGCCUGUCGAAAAAUUGCAACACUGGCUUGUGGUGCCGAUAAUUACCUGAAUAGUGUAACUCGAAAGAACAGCCUAUGCAGAAAAGAAGGAAAAACUACGUAGAAAAUGUAAGAAAUUUUGAUGUCGAUAAUUUACUGAAAAGUGCAAUUCGAAAGAACAACCUAUGCAGAAAAGAAGGAAAAAUGUAUGUUGAAAAAGUAAGCAGUUGCGACGCCAAUAAUUAUACCAAUAAUCUAAAUUGUAAAUGCAAAUCAUGCUUACUUCCAAAGUUUUUAAGAAUUUUUGGCAGGAUGUUUCUUUCGGUGAUUUCUUACGAUUAAAUAUUUGAUUUUUAGCGAUUAAUAUAAACCAUUCAGGGUCUCCAGUUAGCUUAGUGGUUAAGGCUAUGGAUCGCCAAUCCGGAGACGGCGGGUUCGAUUCCCGUUCCGGUCGGGAAAAUUUUCUCGACUCCCUGGGCAUAGAGUAUCAUUGUACUUGCCUCACAAUAUACAAAUUCAUGCAAUGGCAGGCAAAGAAAGCCCUUCAAUUAAUAACUGUGGAAGUGCUCAAAGAACACUAAGUUGAAGAGAGGCAGGCCAAGUCCCAGUGCGGACGUAGAACCAUAAAGAAGAAGAAGAUAAACCAUUCAGAAAUAAAACAAUAGUUUUAUUUUCUUUCUGGGGAAUGGUACAUUCUGGGGAAUGGAAUUCUGGGGAAUGGUACAUUCUGGGGAAUGGAUUUCUGGGGAAUGGUACAUUCUGGGGAAUGGGUUUCUGGGAAAUGGUUUUCUGGGGAAUGGUACAUUCUGGGGAAUGGAAUUCUGGGGAUUGGUUUUCUGGGGAAUGGUUUUCUGGGGAAUGUUAUAGAAUCGUCGUUACCUAGGUCGUCGUCGUUGUCGGGGAAAGAAUUUCCGGGAUUUUUCACGGGGUGCGACACGGUUUUUUUUCCGUGGUGAAGAAAACAAAGUGCAAUUUUUUAUGCCUGUCAGCGAGGAAGGUUCGGUAACAAAAACAACAACACCCGGAGAGGAAUCCUCCUGAUUGCCGGAGAAAGAGAGAGAGAAACAUUCGCGGAAGGGCGCAGCAACUUUCUGUCAAAAUUGGAAUUGGGAACUUCGCGUAGAUUAGUGUCGUGUUCUGAAAUCGAAACAAUCGAAGUGUGACAAUAAGCAGAACAUACCGGGGUGUGGAAGAGUCCGAGUCCCCAUUUUUUUGGGAACGGAAGGUGGUGCUAGUGUCUUCGACAACGUCGCUGUUUUGGAUACCUUCGCGGAGCAGUUGAAAAAUAUUGUCGCGUAGAAAGUGCUGGCUCUGCUGCCAGACGGAAGCAGUAACACAUACACAGACACGGCGGUUCUGUUUUCGGAACAACGACGGAGCACGACGCUGCCGCUGCUGUGCACACCAGAAUGAUGUGCGAACAAAGCAUAAUCGGUGCACGCGCCUCGGUGAUGGUGUACGACGAUGGCCAGAAGAAGUGGAUUCCAUCGGGCAGCUCGUCCGGCCUGAGCAAGGUGCAAAUCUUCCACCACCAGCAGAACAACACAUUCCGGGUCGUGGGCCGCAAGCUGCAAGACCACGAAGUCGUCAUCAACUGUUCCAUCAUCAAGGGCCUCAAGUACAACCAGGCGACGGCAACGUUCCACCAAUGGCGGGACUCCAAGUUUGUCUACGGACUGAACUUUUCCAGCCAACAGGACGCUGAGGCGUUCGCCCGAGCCAUGAUGCACGCACUCGAGGUGCUAAGCGGUCGGGUUCCGCCGCCGACGAUGCAGACAAACCCCAAUCAGAAUCCGCUGGCCUACGAGGAGGACAUGGGCUAUCGCACAAUGACCCGUGAGGAUGCCGCCAUAAUGCAACAGCAGCAACAACUGACCAGCAACGGUCAGCCGCAGCAACAACAGCAGCAGGUGCCACAGCCCCCGGGUCUUCCGCCGGGUUCGGUUGGAAUUCUGUCGCCUCAGACGCCAACAUCACAGGGUAUUCCACCGGGCGGGCCUGGUGGAAUGGGGAUUGUGCCCAGCGCCGGUCUGAUGAAUCAAGUGCCACCACAGCAACAGCCACAACAGCAGCAGCAGCAACAACAACAAUCGCAGCAGCAGCAACAACAGACUCAUCAUCGUACUAGCAGUGCUCCGCAACCGCCAGCUCUACCGCCCCAGCAGCAGAAACCAAUCUAUGCAUCACAGCAAAGUAACUCCAGCACCAACAGUAUUACCUAUGGAAGCAACUCGCAGCCACAGUAUCAGCAGCCAAUAUACGUAGCAUCGAAUCAACAAAACCAAAUGAUAAACCAGAUGGCCUCGCAAAUACCGGCGCCACCGAUGCCAAAUGGAGCGAUUUACGCCACGGCAACCUGCUCGCCGAACACCAGCAACAGCACCAACCCGAUCUACGCCGGCCAGCAGAUGAUGCUACCGCCGGGACAGCCUACCAACAACUAUGGACAAACGAAUGGCACGUCGUACAACGCACAGCCACAGUACGGUAUUCCACCGGUUCCCCAGAUGCCAAUACCACAGAUGCAACAGCAGCAGUCCUCACCUCAGAUGCAGCAGGUGAAUGCCCCACCGCAAGCACCACCACCACCGAUGCCACCGGCAUUCUCGCUUUCGGCACCCUCCAACGUUCCACAGCCUCCGGCACCACCUUUACCACCGGCCAGUGGGGGAGGUGGGGCAGCGCCUCCACCGCCACCACCUCCACCCGGUUCCAACCUGCUCGGAGGUAAGGGGAAUGACGCCGGCAUCAACUCGCUAGCACUGCAGCUGGCCACCGCCAAACUGAAGCGAAGUCAACCGGCCAAAUCGGCCCCAGCCCCACCGGUAGCGACGACCACCGUGACGGAGAACAGCGGUAGCAGCACCUCUAGCGGAGGUAGUGGUAAUUAUGGAACUAUAGGGCGAUCAUCCUCCGGAAUGGCCUCGAUGAUGGACGAGAUGGCGAAAACGUUAGCCCGACGGAGAGCACAAGCUGAAAAGAAGGAGCCGGACUCCACCGAUGACGGAUCAUCGAACGGACGCCAGCGGGCGUGGGAAAAAUCUAGCACCCUGCCGCACAAGCUGGGCAGCAGCAGUCAGAACAACGCCAACAGCAACAACACCAGUCUUAGCGGAUCGGAAUCGCCAAAACCGUCGCGGAAACGAUUCGGCAGUGCCAGCGAAGAAACGAUACUCAAGCAAAUCAACGGUGACAGCUUUUCGCUGCCCAGUGCGGUCGAGCUGGAAAACUUCAAGGAGGAAAUCCUGCGGGAGAUGCGGAACGAGAUCGCGAAAGCGAAACAGGAAAUCGUCGAAGCUAUCAAAUCGGAAUUCAACCGGAGGUAAAAGACGGGCUGUGGUGUGUGGGCGAACCGUUGUACGCAGCAACAGCAACAAGGCUGGAUAGUAGUAAAAUUGUAAUAAUUGUCUCUAGUAGGUUUUACGAGUCGCGACACGUGGGGGGUGAGUAUUUAUUAGCGGAUAGUUGUAUGUGGGGACGGACACCGAUUUACGCGUGCGCCGGAGGGUGCGGGUUUUCCCCAUCGAGUUUUUUUUUUCUUCUCAUUUUUUGGUCUCUCGCGAAACGGGGAUGUUAGGUCGUUUUUUAUACGAAGAGAAACGGUAAAAUGUACGCUGUAUAAUGCGUACACGGCCAUCAGGCGCAGCAAUGGAUGGGUUCUGUUUUGUUAUUUCGUAGGUUCUUAUCUGGAGACUCGCAAAAAUGACGACGACGGUUGUAGAAGUUCGUCGCUUUGUGUGUACUGAAGAUUCGAUCCGUGCGGUGCAGCGCGGUCGAAAGCGGCUAUAUAUGUUAAAAAUAUAUAUAAAUAUGAAAUUAA